AUGGCUCUCUACAACAACGGGGCCGACGUGCCUUCGCCUCAGGAAGCUUCUAAUGGCUUUUCACAGCCCGGUGCCUCGGGUACGUGGCACAAGGGCGAGGAGGAGGUGCGGAUGGUGGAGCCCAGCCUGGUGAAGAAGGCUCACCGGGAAAUCCUGGACCACGAGCGCAAGCGGCGGGUGGAGCUGAAGUGCAUGGAGCUGCAGGAGAUGAUGGAGGAACAGGGGUACUCCGAAGAGGAGAUCCGGCAGAAAGUGGGGACCUUUCGGCAAAUGCUGAUGGAGAAGGAAGGCGUGCUCACCAGGGAGGACCAGCAUGGGCGCCAAAUCGUGAUAGAGAACCAUCACGGGGCAGACGGGGAGGAGUAUGCGGCGGAGUACCCCGACUAUGGCGAGGGCUGCCUGCUGCAGUGCGACUGCUCGGCCGAGUGCUACCGCGAGGACAGCGGCCACCGCGAGUACAGGCUGAAAAGGCGCUCGAGCAGCUCCACCUCUCCUCCACCCAAGAAGAAAAAGAAAAAGAAAUCAGGUCACCGCCGGAGCCGCAAAAAGAGGAAACCUGGCUCGGAGCGCAGCUGCGACAGCUCUUCACCCAUCCGCAAAGAGAAGAAAAAGAAGACUGGAAAGAAACACAGACGUGACAGGUCUGAGUCGGGGUCGCGGAAGAAGAGAAGACACAGGUCCCGGAGCCCCAAGAACAAACGGAAAGAGAAAAACAAAGAGCGUAAGAGGUCCCGCAGCGAGUCCCCGGCCUGGCGCUCGCACCGGCGCAGCUCCUGCAGCUCCCACAGCGCCUCGCUCUCCUCCGACGACAGCGGCUCCAAAUCCCCCGGCAGGCUAAGCCCCAAGCGCCGGCAGGAUGGCCCCAAGGGCAGCAGCGCCCGCUCCAGCCGCAGCCCGUCCUCCCCCUCGCCCCGCCGCUCGGCCUCGCCACACCAGAACGGGCACAAGGGCAGCGCCCAGAACGGCCGCCACAGCCACGGCACCCCGCUCCCGGAGCCCUCGGAUAGGCCGGCCUCGGCGUCCCCCUCUCCACGGGCUCACAGCAGGACGGACCCGCCGUCCCCCCGCACCCGGGGGGCCCGACACGGUGCCCGCAGCCCCCGGUCGCCCACACCGGAGCGAGCCAAGCACGGCCACCGGCACCGCUCCCACAGCGCCUCGCCGCCGCCCCGCCACCGCGGCCAGAGCAAGGGGCGGCCAGCGGCCCCCCGGGAGCCCCCGCCACCGCCACUCAGCCCCGCCGGCUACAGCAGCGACUCGGAGGGCUCGGCGGGCUCCCACCCCUACCACCCGCCACUCGGCCCUGACAGGAACCACGGCGCCCACGCCAAGAAGGUGAAGGAGAGGCACCACCGGGGCCGGCCCAACAGCAGCUCGGAGUCAUCGGCCAAGCACUCCCGGCACGCCUCGGAGCGGAGGAAGAGCCCAUCGCCCAGCCCCGGCCAGCGCAGCAGCUCCUGGAGCUCCAGCGGCUCCCUCUCCAAGUCCCGCUCCCGCUCCCGGGAGAAGAGAGCAGGACGCAGCCGCUCCCGUUCGCCCUCGCCGAAAAAACCCGCCAGCAGAGAGAAGGACAACGAGCCCCGAACACGCCACGGUGACCCCGAUCCUACCCGUGCCCGGCGCCGCUCCAGGAGCUACUCCCCAAUCAGGAAGAGGAGACGUGACUCCCCCAGCUUCAUGGAGCCCAGGAGGAUCACGAGCGCUCGCAAGCGUCCCAUCCCCUACUACCGCCCCAGCCCCUCGUCCUCCAGCUCGCUGAGCACCUACUCCUACAGCCGCAGCCGCAGCCGCAGCUACGACAGCUACAGCACCAGCCGCAGCCGCAGCCGGACUCGCAGCCCCCCCAGCCGCUCCCGCAGCCCCAGCCGCAGCCCCAGCUACAACAGCCGCAGCAGCUCGGAGAGCGCCGGCUUCUGA